AUGUCCACGGCCUCGGCUGACGACGAGCUCAGUCUCGAUGCGGUGGUCGAGGAGCGGAGGCUUGAAGCACAGAAUGAGGCAGACGAUGCCUGGUGCCUCCUCCUUGGUACCACCUCCACUGGUGCCAUCAAUCUGGACGGCGCCGGUGCACAAACGGGGACGGGCUCCACAAGCCCGACGGCCGAUGCGAGCACCUCUGUCCCUGUGCCUGUACUUAAACAUGUUUCAUCUGUUGCUUUGACAUCUGAUAUAUGGUCUGGUAAAGCUAAAGAGGACUAUAUAAGUGUUGUUUCUCAUUUUGUGAACUCUGAUUGGUGUUUAGAAAAGAGAUUACUUGGUCUUAGACCUAUAGAGGUAGCUCAUACAGGUCUUAACAUUGCUGAGCAUGUUGAAAUGGUUGCAAAUGACUAUAGCAUUACUGAUAAGAUUUUUGCCAUUGUGCUUGAUAAUGCAUCAUCUAACAAAACUGCUAUUGAUGUUCUGAAACCUGUCUUUGAUGGUUAUACUGGGCGACCGACGGUGGUGCUCCACCAGGAACGAGCGACGGUGGCGCUCCACAGGGAGCUCGCCUGCCUCGCUGCCAGGUCCGUCGCGCGCCUGCUUGCUGGGGCUGGGCUCGGCGGGAGCGGAACCGCCGAGGAGGCCAAGAUGGCCGCCGCGCUCAUGGACGUCGCGACCGCCAGCGCCGCCGCCUCCGCCGCCGUGUUCUCAGCCGUCGCGUCUGUGUCUGCCGCCGCGUCGUCGUGCUCGAACAAGAAGGCCCCGACGGCCUUCGUGGCUACUGCCUUCGCCAAGAAGCCGGAGACGCCGACGACGGCCGAUGUCGCGCAGGAGAAGCACGAGGAGCUUGAGCGAUGCAUCGACGAGUGCGAGAGCGGCAGCAAGGUGGUGUUCAGGAGCAUUUCGUUAACCGCCGCCAAUAUCACAGAUACGAACAUGGACGAGCGGCUGUCAGAAUAUAUGAUUACAGCUAAUACAUUAUUUGGUUACAGCAAGUCAAGCCAGGAGUGUUUCAGUGUUGACAUUCCCUCUGCAGAACAGCCUAAUCCAUGUCCAGAAGUUGGAAAUCCUCCAAAUGUUGACAGUCAAAAUUUGACCAAUGAAACAGUUCAGAUUGAUUCUGAUGAAGAUGACUUCAUGCCAGCUCUGAAGAAGCGUAAUGUUUCUGAAAGCCACACAAGAGUGUUAAGAAAAGUCGUGACAAAGAGGAUUAAACAUGAGGAGCUACCCCGACAGAGGCUUAAUGUGAGGUGCAACCCUCAAGAUGUCAUUGCAAGCAUUAACAUUUUGAAUGAAAGACAACGUGAGGCUAUAAGACGUAAAGGUUUCUCUACCAUUCUUGAUAUGACAGUAGAUGCGCUGUGCAGUAGAUCACACCUUCAAUGGUUGAUGGACAAGCUAGACCCCAAGGAUAUGACAAUACGUCCUGGUCCAGGAAAGGAACUCAAGAUCACAAAGGACAUUGUUCAUCUUAUCCUUGGCGUGCCAAAUCAUGGUGGUGGUAAACCUUUGGGGAUUGACGAAGCAGUUGCAGCAAGCAAUUUGAGGGCAGAGCUUGGUGUGGCCAAAGAUGAGUUCAAUGUGACAUUUCUACAGGAUCGUUUAAGGAAAGGCGAGGAUGAUGACCUUUCAAUCAUAUGUUUCUUCCUCAUUCUAUUCAACCGUCUGCUCUUUCCAACUGCUAGCUGGGGCAUAACAUAUCAUGAGGUGCUUCUCACAGAAGAAAUGCACCGUUUCCAUGAGAUCGACUGGUGCCUGUUCAUUUUUAAUGAUCUAUGUGAAGCUGCGAAGAAGUGGCACAACCGAAUCACCACAAAUGUCUCCACGACUAUAUAUGGAUGCUCCAUUGUUGUCCUUGAUGAUACACUGAAAGGGACAACAAACUCUGGAUCUGAUCCACCCCUUACAGAGCAAGAGUGUGUUCGUUCUCUGUGGGAGUUAAUUUGUUCCAAGGACAUUGACCAAAGCAGGGUUGUCAUAGAUUAUGGUGAAUACAGUGCAAACUGUAUGGAUAUUUAUGAAUCUUUCGCGGAGGGCAAAUGUCUUGAGAAUGUCUUCAUGCAGUGUUUCAUUGAGUGUGUUCGUGAUGAUUCCAAAAAUCAUCGUCGAAGUCUGACAUCUAACAGACUAAUACUUGAUGUCAACGUUGGGGUAGGUUCUUCUUCACAUUUAUUGUAA